CCACCCAAAAUUACUACUACUCAAUUAUUUUAAAAUGAUAUUAAUACUAGCAACCCUUAUAAUCUCCUCAUUAAGUUUAAUUAAUGGACAAAUUAGUUCAUCAUGUACAUCCUCUAUGAUUAGUAGCACAUUCACUCCUUGUGCUAAUAUCAUUACAGGAAGCACUAAUAAUGGUUUAGUACCAUCAACUACAUGCUGUGAUUCAUUAAGGUCUUUGAUGAGCACUAAUAUGGAUUGUGCUUGUCUUAUGAUGUCUUCCAAUAAUCCAAUUUUACAACUAUCUAUUAACCAAGCUCUUGCUAUAUCUCUUUCACAAGCAUGCAAUAUUAAUGGUACCGCUGUACAAUGCAAAGCAUCAAGUUCUUCUUUGCCAAGUUCUCCUUUACCAGCUCCAGGCCCAGCAGUUAUUGGACCAAACAGCCCAACUCUCCCUUCAAGUGCUCCAACUCCCUUAAGCCCUCAAGAAAACACACACAGAUAAGAAUCUGGAAUUGGCAGAGGCAGGGGCAUCGACACCAUCAUCGUCAGCAGCAGCACCCGCUAUAACUUCAAGAAUCAUACCAGUUUUGACUCCUCUUCCUUCAGCAUCUCCUCCAUCUUAUAAUUCCUUGUCAUCACCUUCUACAAUACUAUUAUUUAUACUCAUAGGAAUAGUAUUGGUUUUUGGCAUCCAUUAAGUUGCUAUGUAAUUGUAUUGCAUGCCUUCUGAGUUCUGAUUAUAUAUACUCAUACACUGGUUAUCUACAAAUUUUUAGAUGAAUUUAUUACUCUUUUUCCCAAA